AUGAAGCUCCUUCUUGCAAUUGUCGCUGCCGCCUCUGCCAACGCCUUGGUUGGUGAGUCCUCAGUCUUCGCCGACGAAAAAGCCCCCUGCUUUUGCUGCACUUUCAGCAUCACCUGCUGCGCUGCUUGCGAGUGCAUCAAGCACUGCACUAAGGAAGAGUUUGCCUUCGUUCAAGGCCAAAAAUCCAUCGGUCUCGCCUACUGGCAGACUCAGUAUCCUGACCACGAUGUCUACAACUGCGUUUCCUGCGCCAAGUGCCUCAAGGAUGGCGAAGAAUGUGACGUCUGCGAAGUCGGCACAAAGUGCCCCGCUGAGGUCUACAAGGGACUCCCCGAAUUCCUCUAA